AUGCUUGCUGCAGCGGACCGGACCCCGUCGGACCCGAACAGCGCAGACCACCCGGGCGAGAGGAAGAAGCAGUUUGAAACGCAAAUUCCCAUCCGCGUCGGCCAGGCGCUGCUGUCGGAAGAUCAAGGGCUCCGUCCUCCUCGCCCAGAUGUCGCGCACGCUGCAGAGUCGACGGAGCCGGUUGGAGGUCGCAAUCACGAAUCGGGCACGCCUCGAGCGUGGUGGAUCCAAUUGCCAUCGACAUUUUUCCAACCGCUCGUCACCAUCAACACCUCCAUCUUCUCAUCACAUCCCCACCGGUCGAUCAUCGUCACCAUGCUCUUCGCCGCCCGCCGUCUCGUCGCCCGCGCUCCCGCCGCGCUCCGCGUCGCCCCCACCGCGGCUACCGCCGCCCCGCGUCUCUUCACCUCGUCCGCGCUCCGCUUCGCCGCCGGCCCCCCCGUCAUCCAGGGUGAGGGCGGCAAGGACGGUGAGAUGCCCACCGACGAGCAGCAGGCCACCGGUCUCGAGCGUUUCGAGCUUCUCGGAAAGCUCCAGGGACAGGAGGUCUUCGACAUGGAGCCCCUUCAGAUGACCCACCUCGGAACCACCGAGAACCCCAUCCAGAUCAAGUCCUACUGGCCCACCCGUAUCGUCGGCUGCACCGGUUACCCCGCCGACUCGCACGACACCAUCUACCUCCACCUCAACCGCGACCUCAAGCACCACCGAUGCCCCGAGUGCGGCAGUGGUAAGUCCUUGACACCGUCCGUUCCAUCGCGUCUCCUUUCGUCUGCUAACAUCUCGAUCUGCCUGCUUGCACAGUCUACCAAAUGGACUUCGAGGGCGACGAGCACGCCGGCCACCACUAGAUUGUCGUCCACUUCGCUAUCUGACCUAUUCAGCGCGUUGCAGCAUCAUCAGCAAAACAAUGCAAUCCGUUUCCCAGCCUCACUUGGUGCACUCGACGCCGCGCACGCACAACUCCGGCCUGAUUCUCCAAUUCGUAUUUCGUCUUAUCCACCUUUUACCUGCCCACACGACAACAUCCUCGCAGCAUCCGGCGGACUCGUUUGGCCUUCGGCAUAA